AUGGGAGCAGCUCAAAGUCGACAGAAAAGCUAUGCCGAUAAUCGUCGUCUCCAUUUAGAAUUUGAGGUCGGGAAUAAGGUAUUCUUGAGGAUCACACCCAUGAGAGGGGUGAUGAGGUUUGGAAAAAAGGGCAAGCUGAGCCCUAGAUAUGUCAGGCCUUUUGAGAUCCUUGACCGGAUUGGACCAGUGGCUUACAGAAUAGCCCUACCACCAACACUCUCAGGUGUACACAAUGUAUUUCAUAUAUCUAUGCUGAGGAAGUAUAUACCUGACCCCACCCACGUUAUCGAUUACGAGCCUCUUCAACUUUAG